GUGGUGCAUGCCUGACUCAGGUCCGCGAUUAAGAGUUUACGCGUUGGAAAUAAUUUUCGAACAAUUAAUGUUAUAAGAUUGUGAAUUCUUGUGUUUAGUGUGUUAUAGUGGACUGUGAUUAUUGUUUUAAAGAAAGAGAUGGCGAUCUCCGUGUCUUGCAAAACGGAAUUUGUUUAAAACGAUCCAAAACUUUACAACAAAAAAUGUGACCAAAAUGGCGCUGACAAGAAUAUCCUUCGGAAUAUUACUCGCCCUUAUUAAUUUUACAUCUUCAAACAUUCAUCUAAACGAAACUUCGAUCAAAGACUUAGACAGUUUGAUAAGUGAAAAAAUCAUAGACACGGUGAUAUCGGAUAGUUUUAAAAUAAGAAAAUUAGAGGCUAUCAAUGAUAUAAGGAAGAGAGAUGUUAAUACAACAGAGGAAUCAAAUAUAGAAAGUACUGAAGAUGAAAUAGAAGAUACGACCAUUUACUAUGAAUACAAUAGCUCAGAGGUAUGCGUUGGUGAACCAGAUUACUGCAAUAUGACAAAAGAGGCAUAUUUUCGAAUGAUUUACGAUUAUAUAUACCCUCAAACAUAUGAAUGGGUGUUGAUAGCGACAAAUGCAAUAGUCUUUGUGAUUGGUUUAAUAGGGAACGCGUUAGUUUGUAUCGCAGUGUACAGGAAUCAUUCAAUGAGGACUGUGACGAAUUAUUUCAUAGUGAAUCUGGCGGUGGCUGAUUUUAUGGUGAUUUUGAUUUGUCUGCCUCCAACGGUGCUGUGGGAUGUGACGGAGACGUGGUUCUUUGGGACUGCUAUGUGCAGAAUUGUUCUGUACUUUCAGUCAGUAUCGGUGACAGUGUCAGUUUUGACAUUGACAUUCAUCUCGGUUGACCGCUGGUACGCCAUUUGCUUCCCGCUCAAAUUCAAGUCAACCACAAGCCGAGCGAAGACCGCCAUCUUGAUUAUAUGGGUGCUGUCUUUAUCAUUCAAUGUACCAGAGUUUGUGGUUCUACAAGUGGAACGCCGAAUGCAACUGCGCUUCGACGCGCAGUUUUUUAUGCAGUGCUCGCCGACUUGGUCAGACGAAAGUGAUCUUACCUGGCAUAUCAUUAAAGCGUUAUUUCUUUACACAUUCCCUCUCCUGCUGAUGAUGAUAGCCUAUUGCCAGAUUGUGAGAGUCCUCUGGAGAUCAGAUAACAUUCCUGGGCAUACAGAGUCACAUAAGCUUUGUCCUGGACAGAAUAAUUGGCUAGCAGCUAACAGACGCACUACGCCAUCGAUUCACACAAAUGCUUCAACAGAAGGUCAACUUCGUUCUCGACGCAAAGCUGCCAAGAUGCUGGUAGCUGUUGUCAUUAUGUUUGCCGUCUGCUACUUCCCUGUUCAUCUCGUAUCUGUUCUGAGGGUAGCAUACGACGUGAGGCAGAGUGACAUCAUGACCUGUAUAGCCCUCAUCUCUCAUGUGAUGUGCUACGCUAACUCGGCUGUCAACCCGCUGAUUUACAACUUCAUGAGUGGUAAAUUCAGACGCGAGUUCCACCGUUCCUACUUCAAAUGCUGCUGCUGCCUUCCACCACCAGAGCAGAACGUAUCCUUCGCUCCCAUCGGCAGCUCCAGAGCCGGCACCACACGAACUGUCGUACGACGGAACGAUUCCUGCGCGAGCUACCGUCUCACUCACCUCUCGCCUUCGAAUAACAUUCACCGCGAUCCGCGAAACACAAACACGUCGUUCAUCGAACAUAUGAAUGGAAAUAGACGGCUCAAGGUUCGUGAUGAUUCGAUCAGUGAAUCCGCUCGAUUUACAUUGACAACGGAUGUCAGAGAAUGACAGAACUACAAUGAAAGAAGGGAAUGCGAUUGUUUUAAGAGAAAUGAAGAAAGAUACAGUGCUGAUGUUACAGAAUUGGAGAGGUCUAAGUUUAAUCGUAGUUCGAAUUAUCAGAGAAGGUAGGUACGUUUUCUUAAUGUCAAUUUAUGGAUUGAUUUAUUUCAAUUGCCAACUCAUUUUACCUAGCGAUUGGCCGAAGACAUGUCAACCAAUGAGUUCCCAAGUGGACUCCAUCAUUGAAAGUUACAGAAUACGGGAUAGCCGUAAAUAAUUUUUAUUUAAAAAUAAAUAUUUUUGAACAAAGAAAAUACAAUUUGUAAAUAUGAAAGCUAUAGUAUUUAUAAGUGUAAUUUAUAAUAUAUGUUUGGACAUAUAUGAUUAAAUAAUUAAAAAAAUAUGGUCCUAAAUAUUAUCAUUUAUCAAGCUACGUAAGAAUGUAAGUGGCGGAUUCUGGUUGGUUUCCGCUGGAAUUUUAUUUGGAAGGCCUAUACAAAAAUACUACGAUUAUUUUAUAUACAACUUUGUUCCUAAUUAAUACAUAUUACAAAUAAUCUUAUUUUUAAUUGGUUAUCAAAAUGUA